AUGGCAACAUCUGAUAAUUUAAAUAGUGAUAAUCAUGUUUUACAAGAAAAAACCAUAAUAGCCAACGAUUCCAGUAGACCAAAUUCAAGAACUUCUGUUACUGGAUAUGUAUCAGGGCUUUCAAGUGCAUUUUCUACAAGAAAGCGUCCAUUUGCCUAUUCUACAGGAUCAGAAAAACUUUUGACAGUUAGAUAUUUAGAAACAAAAGAAGAAGUUUCUCGAUUAAAAGAUGAUCUCACAAAUUCAAAAAAUGAAUUAGAUGAAUUACGCGCUUUAAAAAAAGAAAAUUUUGAAAAGUUAAGAAUAUUAUCACUUGAUGUAGAAUCUUUAAAAUAUGAAUUAGAAAGAGAAAAGUCAAAAAAACUUAUUGAUAGUGAUAAAUUAUUGCUUCGAAAUGAACUUCGUGAUUAUAAAAUAGCUCUAAAAAAAACUGUCCCAUAUAUAAAAAAACUUGAAGCUCAAAUUGAAGGUGCAAAAGAAGUAUUAAAAGAUAACAAUUUAUGGACAAGUUCCAUACAAACAUCAAUAUUAAAAAAAAGUUGUCAUAUAGAAAAUGAAUUUAUUCCUUCAAUUGAUGCUGUUAAUAAUAUAAUUAAAACAAAUUUUGAUGAAACAAAUGGAUUUUUAUGUAAAGACGAUUUACAAGAAUCUUCAUUAGUUAAAGAGGAAUCAAAUAUUAAUAUAAUAAAUAAUGAAUUUGUAGAUUCCAUUGCUAUUUAUAAAACUAAGUUUAAAAUUCCUGAAUGUUCAUUAAAUAGUUAUGAAGAAACUAUUUGUAAUCAAAGGAAAAAAAUAGAAAAAUUAGAUAACGAUUAUAUUAUUUUAAAAAAAGCUUAUGUUAAAGAAAAACAACGUGCACAAGACGUUGAAAUGCUUACUGUAAAAUGUAAUAAACUUGAAUCUCAAAUUGAAAUUCAAAAAAAACAAUAUGAGUCGCUAAGUAAAUUGAAUGCAGAAUUACAAAUGGGUAUUUCAAAAGAUGUUUUUAAGGAAUAUAGUGGAAAAAAUUCAUUUAAAAGUGAAUCUGAUCUUCUCAGAAAAAUCAUCAAUGUACAAGUAGAAAAUAAACGUCUAAAAAAACUUCUUGAUAAAAAUAAUAUAAUAGAUGAUGAUUAUAAUGGACUAACUAUGUUACAUUUAAAAAACAAUCUUGUAGUCGAAGCUCAAAAAGAACUUGUAAAAGAACAAUUAACUUCUGAGUGUACUAAUUCAUUUUCUGAAGAAAAACAAAAAUUUUUAGAUGAAAUAAAAAAGUGGAAAGAGAUUGCAGAAAAAAGAGAACGAGAAAGAGAUACUGCAGCUGAAAUUGUUAAUAGUAUUAAAGAUUUUAGAAAAAUUGUUAAAUCAUUAAUUGGAUAUGAUGUUAAGAUAAAAAAUAAUAUUGCAGAAUUGGUAUUUUCAGAAAAUUCAAAUGAUGUUUUUCAAGUACAAUUUGACUUAUCAACUAACAAUUAUAACUUACUUGAAUCUGAAACAAUAAAUAAAGUAAAAUUUUCAGUAGAAAAAUAUUUGAAUGAGAAGAAUUCUUUACCAUGUUUUUUGGCAGGAGCAUUUAUCGAGUUAUAUCAUUAUAUAUAUGAUAAUGAAAGACAUGGUGAACCUGUAGAAUUUUCAAAUACAACAGAUAGAUGUAGCGAUGAUGACGAAGAUGAAGAAGUAUACGAUGAAAAUGAAUUUGAACAAGAUGAAGAAGAAGUAGAAGAAGAAGAAGAAUCUACUUCAGUAGUCAGUAAUUAUAAUAAUAUUCAAGUUUCUAGCGAUAGCAGUGUUGAAGAAAUUAUAAUCUUAUCUGAUGAUGAAUAA